ACAUGAGUGGAUUGAAGGGGGGGAAUACAAUGGGGCAGAAGCAGAGAGAGACUGAGAGCGAGGAAGAGGAGGAGUGUGCAAAGCAGAGGGCUGGAUCUGCUAAGUGCAGGCACUAGAGCUGGAGAAGUGAAUUAUUCACUCUGUCACAGGCUGCUGGGUGCACCUACUGCUCUGUGCUGCCCGGGAACCCGCCAGCUGUUGGCCAUUUCACCCACUCAGGUCCUGGCAUAGGAACCCACUCCUCCUUGGAACUGCCAUCUUUCUUUAGCCCCUGGCACAGGUAUUAUUUCUCUUUCUGGCACAGAACCCCUGGCUCAGGUAUUCACUCACCCUGGCACAGGCACCCACAGCACAGAACCAACUAACCAGCUGAGCACCACCUUGGCACUGGUACCAGCUAACCCAGCGGAUCAGUUACCCAUUCAUUCCCUAGCUCUGGUACCCACUCCCUGGCACCGGUACCCACUCUGGCUGUGGAACUGUACAGAGAAACCUACAAGGUGUGGGAAACACUGACGUUGGAACUGACGGAGCCCAAGGGAGACUUUGGUCCCGGGGAGCAGCGGGGCAGAGAUCAGAAAGCAGUCUGCUAAAAGCAGCCCCCGCCAAGAGGGCCAACCCCAGUAACCCAUGGUUGUAGGAAACCCAGGAUCCCUCCUGGGCCAAUCAGAGCUUCCUGUUCCUCGGGAGCCAGCCAAUCAGAAAACCAAGCCUAUGUCCCCAGAGCGAAAGAGUGAGGAGGAAUGUCGGUGUGAGCCCCCGGCAGAAGAAGUGGAAAGAGAUUCUGUAUCCUCUGAGGGGGGACGUGUGACUGACAGUACCGAUGAGGAGGAGUCCAGCAGCACAGAGAGCGUACCUGCCCAGCAGGAGAAGGCCGUUGGCAAUGAGGUUCAGAGGUGCCUGGAGGCCAAGCAGCUGAAGGUCAUGGCCCAUAUAUCAAAGCUGGAACAGAGUCUGAGGGAGCUGCAGCUGCAGAGAAGGGAGCUGAACAUAGAGGUGGAGAUGGAGGUGGCCCUGCUAGAGGGGGAGCUGAGGACAGAGAAGAAGGAAAUGGAAAAAGAGGAGAAUUUAAUAAGAUCGUUGCAUGAGAAGCUAAGGGAGACGGAGAGGAAGUGGCAGGAGGAGAAGGACAAGGAUAAGCUCAAACUUCGGGACGAGAAGAAGAAAAUAAAGGAUCUGGAGCAGAAGAUCAGCGAGGGCAAGUCCCAGCUUGAGAAGCAACCUGAGAGCUUACGGGAGCAGCUAAGGAAGAAUAUCCAAGAGAUGACGGAAACGAUGGAGGCUGCGGUGAAGUCCUUUGAGGAUCUGGAGUUCCAGCAACUGGAGAGCGAGAGUAGCCGGGAUGAGGAGAGAGAAUCAUCUUAUAGACAGAUCUCCCAGGACAUCUCCAAGCGUCAGAAUGAACUGAACAGGAGGAAGGACAAGGUGCUGCGUUUGGAGGAGCACAUACAGGGAGCAGAGGACCAGGCACAGGUGGAGAGGCAACGGCUCAGUGAGGAAAAUACUCGGGUCUUCCAAUCUCUUAAUAAGGAGAAGGAUCAACUCGAAUCACUAAAUGCUCUCUCUGGGAAGGACCAGGGGCAGAAUGAGAAGCCACAAAGCUCCACUAGAAAAGCCCUUCAGAGAACCAACAGCUUGCCCAAAAGAAGGGCAAGUGCUCCAUUUGUCCGGCCAACUGACCGUCCACUCUCUCUCCAUGGCAACACGUGCUUGGAAAGCGCGGGGCUGGCAUUGCACUUGGCCGUGUCGUCUAACAAUACGGGCGGCCAGAUUGCGCUAGCCAUCAGCCCCAACCUGCAGAUCACACAGGCCCGGCUUCCCCAGGUGGAUGACAGGAAGGGAUCCAACAGGGAGAAGAUUCCAAGUGACAUUUCCACGCUGCAGCUCAGCUACGGGCCGUUGCCCAAAAUAGCAGAAAUAGAGCGACAGCUGCGCGAGGCCUUGGCAGAGAAAGAACGCCUACUGAAGGCUCGGGAAGAGAAAAGAGCAGCUAAAGAGAUGACCCGACGCUUAGAAUCAAGUCAGAACCAGGUGAAGACUGAAGAACCAGCACCAGUCACAGCAAAACCAGCCCUGCCAGAGACUAAAGGAGAACCUGAAAAGGUUCUCUCUGUCCUGCGAGCCCCAGCGCCCUUAGACCUGCGAUCGCACUUGGAGGCAUCAGGCCACUGUGUGGAAACCUGCCCCCACGUGAGGGUCAGUCCCACGUGCUGCAAGGGUUAUCUGGUAAAGAUGGGCGGCCGAAUAAAGACAUGGCGGAAACGAUGGUUUGUGUUUGACAGACAAAAGAGACGGCUGGCAUAUUACACAGAUAAAGACGAAGUGAAACUGAAGGGUGUGAUAUAUUUCCAGGCUAUUGAAGAGGUGUAUUAUGAUCACCUACGGAGUGCUUUUAAGAGUCCACAUCCAAAGCUGACGUUCUGCUUGAAAACAUUCGAACGCCUUUUCUGCAUGGUGGCCCCUACGCCAGAGGCGAUGAGGAUCUGGAUGGACGUCAUGGUCACCGCCGCCGAGGAAAACUCUCGAUACUAAGAGCGAGAGGUCUGAGGACUUGUACAAGGGACUCACUAGUGUUUGAGAGAAAGCGAGAGAGAGAGGAACUUACAAAAGGGGAAUUACAUAAAGAGGAACAUGUGAAAGAGAUUCAGGAAGAGAUGACUUUGCAGAAGUGAAGUUCUAUGGAGGCCUGGCUGGAUAUUAUAUAAACCACAUACUGACGGACCUGGGAUUAAACAAGAGACAACACUGACAUGUGGUACAUUCUCAAACUGUCCCCUGAACUGCGGUUUGCUCUGUAGAGAGUUGAACUAAAUAUGGAUGUAAAUAGACAGACAAUGAUGCACACUUUAUCAGCCAUUGUGAAGUGCGCUUGUGUAUAAUGUAAUACAAUGGGAACCAAGAUAACCUGUGAUUUAUUUUUGAAUGUGUGGGGCAAACGAAGACCUGUAACUGCCAAAUGGAAGACUGCAAAGCCACUAGCGUUGAUAGUUACUAAAACUCUCAGGAAAUACUAACAGAAGUGUAAAUAGAGGACCUUCUUAUGAAAGAAGCAAGACCAUAGAGUGUGCAUAAAGGUCCUUCUUAUGAAAGAAGCAAGACCAUAGAGUGUGAAUAAAGGACCGUCUUACUGUAUGAAAGAAGCAAGACCAUAGAGUGUGAAUAAAGGACCUUCUUAUCGUAUGAAAGAAGCAAGACUAUAGAGUGUGAAUUAAGGUCCUUCUUAUGAAAGAAGCAAGACCAUAGAGUGUGAAUAAAGGUCCUUCUUAUGAAAGAAGCAAGACCAUAGAGUGUGAAUAGAGGUCCUUCUUAUGAAAGAAGCAAGACCAUAGAGUGGGAAUAAAGGUCCUUCUUAUGAAAGAAGCAAGACCAUAGAGUGGGAAUAAAGGACUUUCUUAUGAAAGAAGCAAGACCAAAGAGUGUGAAUUAAGGUCCUUCUUUUGAAAGAAGAAAGACCAAAGAGUGUGAAUUAAGGUCCUUCUUUUGAAAGAAGCAAGACCAUAGAGUGUAAAUAAAGGUCCUUCUUAUGAAAGAAGCAAGACCAUGGAGUGGGAAUAAAGGUCCUUCUUAUGAAAGAAGCAAGACCAUAGAGUGUGAAUAAAGGACCUUCCUGGGGGACUGUGCUAAAUCACGAGACCCAAUGGAACUUGGGCUGGAUGUACUAAGCCUCAAUCACUUGUGCAGCAAAGACAUCAUCUGAAGGACCAUAGACCCUUUCCACCCACUUCUAUUCUUCAGAGGACUCGCCAGUUCUUCCCCGCCAAGGAAAUAUGACAUAAUUAAUGUUGUGGUGAGAGCAGCCAAGGAACUAUUGUCUGUUAUAUGAGAGGAGAACUUCAUUUUAAUGUUUUUCAGUAUGUAUAGUAGAUCACACAUUGGUGCCAUGGUGCAUCAUGCUCUUUAAUAAUUCUUUUGCCCUUGGUUUGCUACAAACACUUGCAUUUUGUGAAUAAAAGUUGUAGCAGUUCUUUGACUAGGACCAGUGCAGGGCCUAGCUGGCUAGGUGCCCUAGGCAACCCAGAUGGCCUCCUUGCUCCACCCCCUGCAGACUUGUUGGCCAAUGGGAAGGUGGGAAAGUGAGGUAACAAGAGCCCGGUCUAGGAUUAGAUGACACAAUUGUGCCUCCACCGUUGUGCUCUAGACCUCUUGUGCCUACCCCUAAUUCCAGCCCUGACUAAGACCUAUGUUUAUGCCAACUUCUAAUCCUAUAAUCAAGCUUCAAUUUAUUUAGCUUUAAAACCUAAACCUGAGGAAAACUGAAUGACUACUUACUCCUAAGAUGGAGCAAAGGGUCAGUGACUGUGAUCAUUGGUUAAUAUGGAGAGAAGGUGCAACUGAUUGGUCCAAAGGUCUGGUGGGACAACCAGUUGGACGGUGGAAUAUUUUGGAGGGAGGAGACUGAAGUCACUUUGGCUCAUAUUUUAUGACUAGCGAGUGUGUGUUACAUGGUGUGACGUUUGUACGAGAGACAUUUGUGCCCCUGCACUGCUGUACAGUUCUUAGAUUUGUAUGUAAGCUUACUCUGUGAUAGAUCAAGUUUCGGAAUUGUCUGUUAUGAACGCAACAUUGUAUUUUAUUUAUUAUAUAUAAAUAAACAUAUAUGGUAUAUUUUUGGGAA